CCCAACGCAGGCGCGAAAUCUAACAUGGCGCUCUCCACAUCUUUUCAAGAGAUUCUGAUUUUGAGAGGAGAAACACACCGUUGGAAAGAUCUUACAAUAAAUUCAGGCGGCACACAAGGUGUCCUACAAGAUGUCAAUGUCGCUGAUAGCGCCGGAGGGUUCACUUACAAGGACAGCCACAAGGUCAACAGUGUAACUGCCAAUAGAUUUAUUUAUUGGCGUACGUCCCAGAAUCGCGUCGAGCUGGUCGAGAGCUCCCUGAACCACAAUCUCCAUGGCAACGCUUUGCGGCUCAACUUCCAGGGUUCUCCCAUCAUCCCGCGGGUGUCAAUUCACGAGACCCAUUCACACGUGGUGAUUCUCAUCGCUACGUUCACAUCAGUCCACCGUCUUCCGUUCCCGCACCCCAACAAGCUGACAAGACAGGACGCCAACGCUCAACUCUCAGGCUCCGACCUUGCCUCUAUCUUCGCCGACGCUUCCGUGACAAACUUCCGUGAUGCAUCCAAUAUGCAUGAGAUCGUUCAGAGUGGGUCGCAGACCUAUGAGUUCCAGGCCUGUGGGUCUUGGUUAACUGCUGAUGGCGAGGCCUGGUUUGCGCUCUCCGUUAGGACUGGAAGUCUGGUACUAGUCAAGAUGGCUCCUCUAGGCUUAAGGGGUAUUACUACACAAAAUGAAGUCAAGGAAUCUUCUAUUAUGGAGCGUUUAUGGACAGGACUAGUUCCAGUCUCCAUCAGGAGAGACCAGGAUGCUAUCUACCUAGCCCAGAGUGUAGCCGUCCGCCCUCUAGGCCAGGAUAUGAUGGCUUUCUGCGUUUGUCGGGAUCACAAACUAAGGAUCUGGUCCUGCAAGAACUUGAAUUGCCUUAUCACCAGUGAUCUAACCAGCUUCCUGCCAGAGGGCAUGAUGGGAAUGGAUGAUCAGCCAAUCCUUCGUCACGAGAUUCGGGUCAUUCAAGGGUCAACGACCUCAAGUCUGACCCUCGGUGUAUACUUAACCAUCUCACAUUUUUCGCUGUUUCUGAUACUGGAGCAGCGAUGGCAGGACGGACAAUGCCGUCUGUACCAUGUGACCACGUUAGACGAUGUCAAAGGUCAAACACUGGUUGACUUCACAAUGACGAGCUCCCAUGUCGUUGCAAUGUGGGGUUUACCUGAUGGUCGCACUGUGGUGAAGAGUACAUGCUAUUCAAAGCAAAGAACGGAAGGAUGGCUACCUGUAUACCUGGAAACUGACCAGCUGACCAGUGUCCAAGUUCCAUCAUUUCUUGACCCUCGGGAAGCCUAUUUGGAUCACAUCUUUAAGCCUGGAAGGUUUUCGGUUCAAACCAUUCUCAAAGCUCUUCAUACAUACAGCCGUUCAACUGGCUCAGAUCUCGGAAGUCUGAUGGAUGUUGAUCUACCCGACCCUUUGGUUCUGCGUCAGGAUGCGUCCAUCGUCGUGGAAACAGAGAUACAACAGAGGGUUGGCGGAGGGGAAGUAUCCCAGGGGGAGUACAGGCAACUGGUGGAACAGAGCAUGAGCAAGUUUCUAGCAUGUUGCGUGGAAUAUCAUCAAGUUGCCAACAAGCCUUUAGGGUUUUUCUUGGAUUGUAACACACACAUGCCAUGCCUUAUCAAAAGAAAUCUGAUAUCAGUUCUUCAGCCGGUAGGUCUGGUAGAGGACAUCCACAUGGGGGUCAAGAGAGUGUUCAGUUUGGAGGAUCUAGGAUUAGAGCUGUCUGAUCAAGACCCCACCAUCAUCCAGGACAUCCAAUCACUCCAGGAAUGCAUCAAUCUUCUCUCAUCUUCUUCCGUUGCCAUGGAAAUGCAAGGAUUCGCAGACUCUCUCUUGCAGCUCCAGCCUCCGAUGGAUAUUGCCCAGAAACUCGCCAGCAACAUCAUCAUAUCAAAUGUUCCCCAGAAUCAGGUUAUAAGGGAGCAGGUUUCACAGGCUCUUAGUAGGAUUAUGGACCCAACAGGAGUUUUCAGAACAGUUCUUCACCUUGUUGACGUCGCAGGAGGUGAACCUGAAAAUCUUCUCGCUGAAUUGAGUCAUCUUGGCCAAGGCAUUGCCCAUAGUCCCAUACACCAUACUCUGAGUAGUGACCUCUCUGUAGUCUGCGUGGCUGCCGGCUUCGCAAGGUUCUCCCAACUCAGGCUAGAAUUCAUGCAGUUUCUUCUGGUCCUUGAGUGUAUGAUCUUGAGACUAGAAUCACAGCUACCAUGGUCUGCUGAAUGUAUUAAGAAGUUAACCUGUGAUGUAAUACCAGAAACAUGCACCAUCCUCCAAGCCUACCACUCUCUAGUCUGGGUGUCAUCUUGUGUGUCAAGUCCAGUACAAACAAAGACUGUGGAAUUUCACCUGAGGCAGAUGGCAGUCCUUGAAAUCUCCACAGACAACAGCCAAACCUCCCCGUCUUCAUCGUGGACUAGUCCACCCUCACCCACCCUGGUUGAGUUGUUUCUACAGGGAAGUGGAGGGAGCUAUGUCCGUUCCAUUCUAGCAAAGAGGGCGAACAGGAGAGUGGAGGGACUGCAGGAUUGGGGUAAAUUCUUCCCAGGAGCAGUGAAGGCACUAGCUCAGUUAAUCUGGCCAAUCAGUGCCAACUUCCUGUUUGAGGAGUACUUGAUGUCAAAGUGCCAGUAUACACAACUACAGGGUUACAUCCGUCUCCUGUCGCCAUGGUGUGAGUGGAACGCAGCGUCCCGUCAGUUCCUACGAGCUCACUGCUACCUGAACACAGGUGAGCCUGUGAAGGCCUUGGGAUGCUUCCAGGAGGCGAGUCAGAGGAUAGGAGCAGAGGACUUCCUGCUGAACAGGCUUCUUAGAACUACGGAACUACAGGGGAAGAAACUUGAGACCCUUUACCAUCUGAAGGUGAUUGGUCUACUGGAGCAGUUUGAAUUGAGAGAGCUCGUGAUCUCAUUGGCUAAGACUGCACUGAGUGCUGCUGAUACAGAUGACCCGAAUCUGCCAACCUUGUGGGUGAAAAUAUUCAAGUACCAUCUUGAAUUGGGUCACAAUGAUGAGGCUUACUCAGCCAUGACCUCUAACCCUGACCCUGAAAGGAGGAGAGACUGUUUACGUCAGUUUGUUGUGGUUUUAUGUGAGCAAGGACGAAUGAAGCAGCUCUGUCAGUAUCCCUACAUUGAUCUUCACGAUGAGAUCGUUGGCAUCAUUGAGUCGAGAGCUCGGUCUGUGGAUCUAUUAACUAUCAACUACUAUGACCUGCUCUUUGCAUUCCAUACAAUAAGAGGCAACUAUAGACAGGCUGGUAGCGUCAUGUACGAGCAAGCGACCCGACUGGCUCAGGAGAUCGUCGGAGUGGAAAGCCUGAAUAGACAAGAACGCUGCUACCUCACUGCCAUGAAUUCACUUAGGUUACUACACCCAGAUAAUGCUUGGAUUGUCAAGCCUGCAGUCAGCGAAAUGGAAGGCAUUAAAACUGAGGACAUGAAUGGGCUAUCACCCAAGAGAGACUAUGAAGGCACCCCUCUCAGUGACCCUGUUCCAAGGCGGAAAGUCGAUGUUCUGGAGCUUGGCGAUUUGGAGAAAGAGUACCAGCUGAUAUCUGCUAAGAUCAAACUAGCCAAUCACCAGCCUGAUAUGGCUCAUGUGACAACUUCUAAGAUGUUGGUUGAUGAAACAGUGAGCUUCUUGGUUAACAGCGGGCUCUAUGACACAGCCAUUGAUGUUUGCAAGACAUUCAGGUUGCCUCUCACUCCGGUGUUUGAAAGCCUGGCCCAUAGAUGUGUAAAACUAUCCCGCAACGGAGCAGACAGCGGCAGCUGGAAAUGGCUUGCUUCAAAUGACAUCGGCUCCCUAAACCUAGGCAGAGAAGCAACAGCUGCAGAACUUGCCUGGCAUCUCCUGCAGACUUAUCUAGAAAGGUACGAUCAGAAGGGCGACCAUAUGAAUUACAGGAUUGUGAUCAAGAAACUACUCUCUCUUGGCUUUCAUCUUCCACAAUGGGUCAUUAAUUCCUACAAGAAACUAGACCCUGGUAAUCUGCUCUUCCUUUAUAUAACUUUCGACCUUUUGGAAGAAGCUGCCAAUUUAGGAGUUGAAUUUAUUGAUGCAGUCCUUGGAAGGGGAAUAGAAUACUUCGGUCUCAAGAACCCGAUACGCCCUACAGAUCCCAGUGUAUGGCUUCCAUAUACUCAGUUAGACCAUCUUUUAAAUGCCUUGAGAGAGACUAGGAAUGAUCCAGAACUUAUCAAGCUUCACAAUGUACUGAAGAGCAAGCUGGAGGAGUAUCACAGAAACGCUGCAUCGAUCUCAAAGGAGAUGAUAUCGAUCGCUCACACGAAACAGCAAAUAGGACGAUGAGAUGCCAUUCUUAUGAACAAUAUUAAUCAGAGUAUUCAAGAGUGUUGGUGACAGCUAGUGACUUUACUAGGAUUCACAAUCUAUAAUCACGGAUUCUGACGCUAUUUCAGUCAUAAUUGCAUACUUUGUCUUGUCUUGUCUGUACUCUGCCACCUUUGUUGAAUUGUGGGAAUCACCGGGCAAGCAGGUUGCUUACUGGUACAAGGCUUCUGGAUGAUAUUUUUGCGAUUGUAUGAUAUUUGGUUUAAAAGAUUCCAGUGACUUUAUUAGAAUAUAUGUUGACCUUUACCUCAUUCCGAUCUUUUAUGUCUGACGGGAAUGCCAAGAGUCUUAUAAGCUAAGUGGUCAGUUCAUGCGAUUCGUAGCAACCUGAAUUUCAAAGAAAUUGCAAUAACAUUUGAUUUGAACAUUUAUAAUUAUAGCAAUCAGAAUUCAGAAUUGUGAUAGGACUACUAAAAUCGAAAUUAAGCCAAGUUCAAGCCUUCCUGUAGGAAUAAAAGCAACAUCAAUUCCAAAUCACAAUGACAUCACCAUCACCUGCGACUUGAACCUGAUUUGGACUUUACUCCGAAAAAAUGGCUUGCUGCAAAUCAAACUUAUGAUUUUAUUAUUCCUAACAUUAUGCUGAACUUCAAAUUAAAUUAUCUUGCUUCUUAGAAAUGUCAUAUUAAUGCAAAAUGGGAUUUACUGAAAAAAAUUGUUGUAUAGUGUGCCAGCACUGGGCUUAAUGCUACCGCCAUGCAGUCAAGAAUUCUCCAUUCAGGCAUGGCCUCCUUGGCCUGUAUUCUCGGCACUGUCUUACAAAGAGUUGCAAUUGAUAGGAUCGACCAUGACUAUGGAAAGCCAGCAACAUUAACAUCUAAAAUGCAUGGCCACUUCGUUUUGAUUGAACUAUUGAAAGCCAAUUGUGACAUAAAUUUCUGGUAGAACAGGUUCAAUUUAUUAGCUCAUUUGACACACCAGUAUUAAAAGCUGUCUGGAAAUAAUGACUAAAUUAAUUUUCUUCACCUUUUAAAGCAUGAGGAUUGGGUUUAAGUAAACAUAGGAAACAUACAAUGUAAACAUCAAUUUUGUGAUUUUUGGCUUGCCAUAAUUUUGUCUCAGAGUUAGGCCAUCAACUAGGUUAAAUUGGACAUCAGAAUACAGGCCCUUGUGUUGAAUGCUGCUAUGCUGGGCAACCCUCAUAGUCUGCCUACUGGAUGCUCUUGGGCACAUUGUGCAGCAAUCCUAGAUUAUGUGUUGCCUUCCUCGGUAGUUAGUAGCUUCAGGGUCCUAUAACACAAAUGUCAGUAACCAAUCGUACGCUUGAUUUUCACGAUUGAUUGUACAUUGUAGUCAAUGCAAUCAAUCGUAGAGAAAUGUUGUACAAUCGUUGCUAGGCUUUGUGUCACGGGCAGUGUUGUGUCUGAGGCCAAGGCCGGAUCACCCUAGGACAAGGCCAAGGCUGACCCACCCGAGCACAAGGCCAAGGCCGACCCACCCGAGGACAAGGACAAGGCCGGAAGGGUCGAGGCCGAAUAUUCCAAAACAAACGUGCGUAAAUUAAAUUGCAUGCAGCGCGCAUUAUUAGUUGUUGAUUGUGCAGUGUUGCCAAAUUAUUGUAGUAACGGUUGCCAGGGGAUGGUUAUUUAAAUUUUUCAUUUUCACAAUCAAUAAAUCAAAUAAAAAUAAGAAUAAAAUAAAGCUAAAUGUUGAUUAAAUUUAUUUUGAAGACACUCGUUACAAACAUUUUAAAAUGAGAAUACCAAGAGACUGAUGUAAUGGCGCACGCGCAAAAUAUUUUUUUACAGUAGUAGCAUGUCUUCACCAUCAAAGAAUCAGGAAAGAGCACAGUUAACAUGAGAAACAUACAAUGUGAACAAAUUUUGACACCUUUGGCUUCCCACAGUUUUAGCACAGAGUUAGACCACGGUUUAAGUUAAACAUGGGUUCAGAAUACGGACCUUAGAGUCAGGGGCGGAUCCAGGAUUCGUGACAUAAAUCUUUUACAGUAGGGGUUCAUAAUAUCAGCUGAUUUUACUCAAUUCAUUCUUAACUGUCCUGGAAGGAAAUAUAAGAUAAAUGUCUUCACCAUUAAAGAAUUAGAAAAGAGCACAGUUAACAUGAGAAACAUAAGAUGUGAACAAAUUUGGACACCUUUGGCUUCCCAUAGUUUUAGCCCGGAGAGUUAGACCAUAAACCCGCCUCCAGAAUACGGACAUAGAAUUGAAGCUCAUUGUAAUGCCACAUUGGCAGUCAAAAAUGAUAUCCAUGUACAAUAUCCCAGUAAGUCAUAGGUCUGUAUUCUGAAGUAAUUUGCAUGAAACUUCACUGGAAUUCACCUCCAGAGUGGAAAUUGAAUUCGUGAUUGUGAUUAGCGUUCGUGAUUCUAAUCAUGUUCUAGUACGGUUUCACACGUGUUAAAAAUUCUUUGUUAGCCAUAUUUUUCAUUGGAAUCAUCAUUCAAGUUACAAUUGAUUUUUUACCAUGUGAAAGGGCGGUAAGAAAAGAGCCCAUAAAAUUCCCCAGGGCCCUAUUAAAGUAAUACAAUGAAGCAAUUUUGGUUGAUGGGCAAUGAAAAAAAAGAUACUCCUGGGCCCCAUCUUACAAAGAGUUACGAUUGAUCCAAUCAAUCGUAACUCUAUGGAAAUCAACCAGUGUCAUAUUUUUUUUCUACAGGAAAUUUGCAAAAUGUCCAUUGUAAACAAAGGAGAACAUGCCGAACUGUCAAGAAAUCAAUGAAUUUAUGGAUAUACAUUCAUAUUUUAAAAAAAAUUUGAGCAAACAUGCAUUAAAUAUGUUGACUUUGUUGGCUUUCCAUAGUAUAUGAAAGAUAAACAGAAAAAUGUCAUCCAAAGCGGGCUAUGUAGAAGUAUCGAUGAAAAUGUAUCUUUUUCAUAUAUUAGUUCUGUUAAUAUUGAAUUGCAAAAAAUACCUGUAAACCUUAAGUUGUAAAUUGUCAAUAUGGAUUGAUAAUGAAUCCAAAAUGUGACUAAGGUAUCUUUAAGAAUAUGCAACAGAACUAUUUUUCUCAUUGUGAAGCAUAAUGUAUACAAUGUAAAAAUUUGUAUGAUAUUUUCUAGUGUAUGUAUCAAGCAUGAAGGAAUGUGUCUAAAUGAGCAUUAAAUGCACAUGAAAGCAGGU